CCAAUGGCGCCAUUGAAGCCAUUUAGUUUCUCAUAAAUUCAUAAUCUUCUCUCUCUCUUUCUCUCUAAAAAAUGGCAAGAGGAAUGCUCUUUCUUUUUCUUCUUGUAGUCCUAGUUCAUGAAACUUGGAGUGCGAAAGAUGAUGGACGCUGUGUUCCUUCUUCUUGCGGCAAUAUUCAGAACAUAAGCUAUCCGUUCGCGCUAAAAGACGACCCAGAAACCUGCGGCGAUCCAAGGUAUAGGCUUUCAUGUGAGAACAACCAGACAGUGUUACACUUGUAUGCCGGAAAAUACAACGUGCGGGAAAUCAAUUACACUAACUUCAUAAUCCGAGUUUCAGACUCCGGUAUUCAGGAGAAUGAUAACCACUCCAUCAUCCCUGAUUAUUUUCUAAGUGCCGAAAAUUUCACUAAGGUUUCGGGCUUUAAACCAAUAGUCAUCAAAAAGGUUCCAUCUACCCCUUGGGAUUCAUCAACAACUUCAAUACAGUGGGGGCCUUUACCACUAGUUCCACUACUGCCUGCGGUUUUCGUGAGUUGCAAAAAGCCAGUGAAUUUUCCAAUUUAUACAUAUGUGAACAUUUCUGCUUGCUUUAUUAACUCUUCCAAGGGGUAUAGAUAUAUUCUGCUUAGCACAGAUGAGAUGCAGAAUGACACGUGUCAAGUUGAGAAAACUACUUUGACAUCGCUGGACAUGUUUUACUCUGAACAGGGAAAUGAUUCCUGUUCAGAUGUCCACGAUUAUUUGGUAUUUGGUUUUGAGCUUUCAUGGCAACAAGUUUAUUGUGGAAGCAGCUGCGCCGGAAUAAAUGACACCUGCUACUUUGAUGACGCCAACAAAUUUGGUUGCCUCGUCGGUACUGACUUCAAUACUGUAAAUAAUGGUGCGCAAAAAAUUCUUAUUUUGCUUUUGCAUAUUUCUUUCUUUCAUAAAUAUAUAGCUUAAGAUAUU